UCGAACGGUUGUGCAGAGCUCUCCGUGGUGUUGUUCAGUUGAAUUCGGGACUUUGCAGCGGAAGGACGCAAAAAGGACUUGUGCUUAGAGAAGUGGAUCAAAGUUUGUGGAAGUUCUUCAAAUUCUCAUUAAUUCACCAAACUCAAUUCAAUAAAAUCGAAAGUUUUUAAAAGUUUCAAAUAAAUUUCAAAGUAAAGAGAGGUUUUUUUUAAAUAAAUUAACAAUGAGAAAUCGAGGAAUUGUCCUUUUGCAAAUUAUUGCAAUUUUUCUGCUUUCUACUAAAUCUGCUUUGGCCAUAAAGUGCUACAACUGUGACUCAUCGAGAAAUGUGGAAUGUGUAGAUGUUAGUUCAUCGAGUACAAUUCUGCCAGAGACGUGCACCCCGCAAAUUCUCUCGUCUUCGGAUCCAAAUUCAAGUAGUUGGCUCCAGAAACUCAUAAGAAUUGAGUUUGUCUCACAGAGCUCCUACAAUGUUGCGAUGCUGUGUCAGAAAAUCAGAGUUGUUAACGAACGAGAUCCCAACGAUCAAAUCAUUGUCCGAAGCUGCCAGCUGGAUGGUGCCCAGACGAAUCCUUGCAGUGUUGCUGAGGACAAAAUAAGAGAUCAGCAAAUUCGAGGCUACAGAAUUGAUCACUGUUCCAUCUGUUCCAAGGAUAAUUGCAAUGGCGCCAUGGGAUUGUCAAAGAUGUGGCCACCAAUGGGCAUCCUCCUGGCCAUGAUGACCUUUAUGAGGGUCCAUCUGUGGUAAGACCAAUAAACAAACGUUUCAAAUUGCAGCUGCUAAAGUAAUUGAUGCAGAAAACACUCCCGAGGACAUUUGAUUUGAAACAAAACAAGCAUCCUCAGCUCUAUUCAUCAAUAACCCUGCAAAUUGCCACACCCUGAAAUACGAUUCUUUCUAGCCAUAUAAGCUUCCACAUCCUCCCCUGCAACGCAAUAGCAUUUCCCAGUUCAAUCAUAUGUCUCUGUAUACUUUGUCAUUGAAGUUGAGAAUAUUUGGCUCAUUAAAUUAAAAAAACAAAAAAUGAUAUAAGAAAAAGUUUAAAGAAAACUGUAAGGUUUACAUUUUAGUAAAAGAAAGUAAAAAAAAAAUUGAAGUGAGUAGCCUGUAUGUAGUUCUAAAUCACACAAUUAUUUGUGCAGAAAGAUUGAGUGAACCACCAAAUGAAUUAAAUAUUAAAUUAAAGGUAAUGGAUAGUAAUUAUCGAUUAAUUGUUAAUUGAAUAUUUGUAUUAAUGAACAGCAGCGUGGUACAAUUUAUCCCCCUAUUCACAUGAAAAUAUCCCUCUUCGUUCUAUUUUUUGGGGAAGAUUUUCAAUGCAGUCGUCACGUUAACAACACAUUUUCAGAGGAUUAGGUGCAGUGAGAUGCGAGUUUUUUGUGCAAUUAGUGAGGCAUUCAAAAAUAAUGAAACCCUCUAUUUCAUCCCUACAGACACUAUUAAUUUUAAACUCGAGAACACGAAAGGCAUGCUAACGAAUAUUCAAAAUGAUUAUAUUAAACUCUCCGCUAAAGUUGUUGAAUUUCCGUCGAAAUUUGAGAAUGCAAUUGAUUCCACAUGAGUUCCCUAAUGGACAAUAUAUUGUUUUUCACAGCAUCUCGCAACUUUAAUAGAGAAUAACUCUCAUAGUUGAAAAGUUUUCAUGGGUAUUUCUGGGAUAUUUUUAACGAGGAUACUCGUUCACUCUUCAUUAAUUCUAAUAACAACAUUGUACGCGCCAAAAGUUCAUACAGCAAAAUUAUAUCAGAAAUCUCGUCAGUAAUGAUGUUCCUAGAAAUAAAAUUUUAUAAAAAUAAUUUAAUACUGGAUAAAAUUUUCGACAUACAACGAUAACCCAAACUUGAAAAUCGGACAAACCGUUUCGCUAAUACGACUAGCUAAUUUUUUUAAUCAAAAUUUGAUUAUAAUUCUGGCUCAACAAAAUUCGAAUUGAAUAAAAUUGGAUUUAAAAAAAAACACAAGGAGACCAUAAAGGAUAAGAUACAAGGGAGGCUUAAAUCAAGAAAAUGGAUUUACUUUUAUUAGAAAAUAAAAUCUCGAAACGCCAUCAGUGAUUUUUUUUCCAAAUUUUGAUAUGUUAUACGUUUUGUCGUAAAUCGUUGAAACCGUAUCGAAGAACAUUUCUAAUCCUUUUUUAAACCAUUUCUAAUAAACUUACAAACAAAUUUGGGAGGUAGUAAAAUUGAAAAAAAUACCUUAUCUAGAUUAGUUUCCGUAAAAUAUCUCGAAAUGCCACUACGGAUUUUCCUUAAAUUUUGAUAUGUUGUAGCUGACUAUAAGAUCUUAAAAACCAUGGUCUAAAACCUAAGAUCCGUAGAGCCAUUUCGAAGGUAUGACUAUCCCAAAACGCCAUCACUGAUUUUUAGUUAAAUUUGAUAUGUUGUAGCCGACACCAACACCUUUCCAACGAUAUUCUAAAAUCGGUGAAGUCGUUUUGAUGAUAUGGUUUUCAAAUCGUUUCUAGUUUCAAUUAAAGUAAAAUAAAAUUGAUUAAGAAAAAGACUUUUCGAUUACUUUUCGAUUAUCUUUCGAAGAAUAUCUCGAAACGCAAUUGCGGAUUCUCUUAAAAUUUUGAUAUGUUAUAGCUGACAACGAGAUCUUUACAAUCAUGAUCUAAAAUCGAAAAUCUGUGAAGCCGUUUCGAAGAUUUCUUAACAUUUCCUAUUAAUUAUGUCUUAAUAUUUUGAGAAAAUUGAUUUUUUUUAGUUUCACUUUGUCCCUAAUCAACAUACCUUAAGGCUCCAACAGAUGGACGAGAAAUUCCUCGUGCGGUGCGGCGCGGCGAGGUUUUCGGCCAAUCAGAAGCGAGAGAUGGCUCACACACUCUCACUGCACCGUGCGAGAACUUUUCUCGGCCAAUCCGAACCGACGAAGGGCCACGAAAUCCUCGCCGCGCCGCACCGCACGAGGAAUUUCUCGUCCAUCUGUUGGAGCCUUUAGUCUUUUUACUCUGAAUCACGUUCAAGUGCUUCCCCUUCCUUACCUUGAAACCUGGAUUAAUUAUGAGGCAAAAGCUGAUUUCGAGUGCGUCCGAUUAGGGUUAUCUGUUGAUCCAUUUGCUGGUAAAAUGCUCUGCUCAAAGUUCAAUUAUUCAAAAGGAUGAUUAUGAAAUAGUGAGAAUAUGGAGAAUAUUAAAGCACAAACAAUAAUGAUUUCGCAACUGCAGACAAACAAUAUUUUGGCAAUCUGCGAUAGGUCUUAUCGCGCACCCAUUGAGCAUUUCGACAAAUCACUUCGCAAAAAUCUUGUGCUGGCGCAAUAAUUUGACGUGCUAUCGUACACUCCUAUCUAUGAGUUAAUUUGCAUAUUUUUGAUUUAGAAGAACCCCUCUUUCGGCCAUCUAACGCGGCUAGAUGGGAGAUGAAGUGUGAAUAAUGCGAUAAAUUGAACCACACUGCGGACACUAUAAAAUUAUUGCCGUCGAAUGCAUCCACAUUUUGCCUUCAAUUUGUAAAACCGAUAUUUACAAUUUGGAAUAUUUACUUGUUAAUCUGAUAAAACUAUGUGGAAUUUUCCGCAAUGUGAAAAUCAAUUUGAAAAAAAAAACAGCACACUAAAUAAAUUAUUCUCACCGAAAUAUUUAAGGAGAAACGCUUUAAAGAGUUUUUAUUUGUAUUUCGGAAGGGGAUUUCAAAAAAAAAAAUUCCCGUAGGAGUAUUAUAGAGUAUGUAUGUAAGUUUAAGGGGAGAACGAUUAAUUAAGCACCUUAUUUUGUAGGAUCAUUUGUAAGAGUAGACAUUAAAAUUUAUUAAUAUGUAUCUUCUAAGUAUAUUGUCAUGAUUUCAUGUAUCUCUCUCUUAAAACUCAAACACAAAAUAAAAUACCUAAUUAAGAUAAUGUUAAUGGAAAUUCAUUAAAAAACAAACAAGUAAAUAAAUAGUUACCUACACAGUGUUUGGUAAAUUGGUGUCACACUAUAAAAUUAAAAGAUGAAAAAAAAUCUUGAGAUAGCCUAAGUGUAUAAAAUUUAUUCUUCGUAUUAAUCUCUAUAACUAUAUAUGGACACGUACUAAGAAUAAACACUUGGAAAUUACUUAAAGGCUAUUCUAUAUAGCUAUUAAAAUAAAAUAUAUUUUAGAAUUUAAGACUUAAUGAGGAAAACCAAUUUGGAAGUAAAUGUUCUGUGUUAAUGUUCUUAUAUCCCCCUAUCUUAAGUUCACAAAAGGGUGUGUUGAGUGAGAAAUUAAUUUAUCAUAUCGCAAGAGUCAUCUUUUUUAUUAAUAUCAAGAGAGCAAUUUUUUUGUUUCUAACUUUUUUAUUAUUUUCAUCACUUUUCCGCCAGCAGUCUCCGCACUUUGAAUUCCCGGAGAUGGGUAUUAUAAAGAAAUUGUAGCAAUGUAAACGAGAGAAAAAUUGUAAAAAAAAAAAUGCAAAACAUGUAUGACUUUAUGAUUUUCAACAAUAAACCAAGAAUAACAACUUGA